AUGCACACAUACCCUCUUGAUUCUUCAUUGCUCAACAAACACUACAUUUCACAUACAUUACAUGCUUAUUUUAAAAUUGUCUCACAGCGACACAUUCUGAAAAUUACUCUAUGGGGAAAACGUGCACAAGAAUUUUCGUUGACCAACACUUAUGACCCACAGAAACAAACUCCUAUCGUGGUCUUAUUUGUUGGUUGUUUACCAAAAGAAUAUCAAGGGGAAGUACUGUUAAGUGGUGGCGCAACCUGUCAUUGGUACUUCAACCCAUCAAUUGAAGAAGCUGAAGCUUUUUAUAGCAGGAUUGAAUCUGAAAAGAUAAACAUAGAAUUGCCCAGUCUUGACAAACAAGAAAUUACACCUCCAAGUUUUCCACAACGAGAACAUCACAACCUUAAAUACAUACUGUCUUUAAACCCACAUGAUGUACCGGAUCAAGGAUAUGAAUGCACGGUAACCAUUACAUGUAUUCCUGAAGGCAAGACUUGGUAUUAUAUUGCUUGCAACACUUGCCCAAACAAACCAAGCACUGAUCCCGUCAUCCGUCAAUGCUCCACAUGUAGAUCAACAAAUUACUGCUUCAGAUACAAGCUCACUUUCAAGGCAUCAGAUGGAACUGAAGAAGCUGAAAUGUUUGCAUUCGACAAUGUUGCUAGGACAAUUAUUGGGAAACCAUGUCCAACAGUUGUUGCAUCCUUUCCUGAUGCAUCAGCUAUCCCACCUGAAAUUGCAGCAAUAGUUUCACGGAAAUACACAUUCAUUAUAGAAUUCAACAGCCAGUCAUUCAGAUUUCUAGAAAAAAACAUUGCUCAUCAAAGGAAUUGUAGCAUCAUAUGGAAGAAUGACAUCACUACCAAUAGUACAAGAAAAAGAUGAUGUGCAACUUCCUCUCACUCCAACAAAAAACAAACUGAUAACAACAGCUGCCGAAUCUCCUUCUACACCCAUGUCUAGACUUUCCACAGCAGACUCA